AUGUCAGUCAGAUUGUUUUUGAGAAGUGAAUUUUUUUCUGUGUCUAAAGAAAAUUUUAAACAUAGUUUGCCAUUCGUAAAUCGAAAUAUUAGUAAAGUUUUAAGAAAUAUGAAAUUUGUAAAACUCUCACAAACUAAUGAUUUAAUGCCUACAUUAGGUCUGGGUACAUGGCAGGCUUCUCCAGAAGUGAUAGAACAGACUGUUUACAAAGCAUUAGACUUAGGAUAUCGUCAUAUUGACACCGCAUUCAAUUAUAACAAUGAAGAGGCUAUUGGGAAUGCGAUAAAAAAAUGGAUAGAUAAUGGAAAAGGAACGAGGAAGGAUUUAUUUAUAACUACAAAGCUGCCCCACGUGGGUAACAGAGCAGAAGAUGUAAAAAAGUUCUUAAAUUUGCAAUUACAAAGGCUACAAAUGGAUUACGUAGACUUAUACUUAAUUCACGUGCCAUUCGGCUUCCACUGCAACCCGGAUACCUUGACGCCGUUGGUGAAGAGCAGCGGGGAGUAUGACCUCGACCUUGACACUAAUCACAUCACCACGUGGAAGGUCAUGGAGUCUUGCCAGAAGGAAGGCCGUAUUCGUAACCUGGGACUAUCAAACUUCAACGAAGACCAGAUAGCGAGGAUCAUGUCCGCUUCGACGCUCAAACCUCAAGUAUUACAGGUGGAGCUACACGCUUACUUCCAGCAGCUGGAACUGAGGAAGUUCUGCGCCGAAAAUGAGAUAGUGGUCACGGCUUACGCCCCACUGGGCUCCCCGGGGGCGAAGGACCAUUUUGUUAACAAGUACAAUUAUAGUCCUGACGCAUUUCCCGAUUUACUCGGACAUCCCGAAGUUACGGACAUAGCAAAAAGUCACGGAAAAACGACCGCACAAGUAUUAUUGCGUUUCCUGGUCCAACAGAAGGUAGUUGUGAUUCCAAAGAGCACCAGCGAGACGAGGCUCAAGGAAAACUCAGAGUUGUACGACUUUGAGUUGACGCCGUCUGAAAUGAAUCGUCUGAAGAAAUUGGAUACGGGAGAGAAAGGACGUAUUUUUAAUUUCUUGUUCUGGAAAGGCGUUGAAAGACAUCCUGAAUAUCCUUUCAAAUUGGACAAAGCCGUGGAUAUUGAGAAAAAUUGA